AUGGAACCGUCAACAACAACUGCUAUUGAUUCUGGAAUCAACUCUGGGAUGAACUCUGGGGAUCCUUAUACGACGAUUCUACUUACUAGAUCCAUAAAACAAGAAGCAGACCAAAAUAAAGAUAGUUUAGAAAGAACUGUUAGUGAGCCUGAAGAAAUCUUCACCACAUCUGACAAGGAAAUAAAAAUAGAAAAAGAUUAUGUCGAUGCAUAUCAAUUUGCUUCAUCGGUUACUACUGACAGCCAUACUUCCGAAUUAAUUAAAAGUGUUUGUGAGCCUGAAGAUAUCUUCAACACAUCUGAUAAGGAAAUAAAAAUAGAAAAAGAUUAUGUUGAUGCAUAUCAAUUUGCUUCAUCGGUUACUACUGACAGCCAUACUUCCGAAUUAAUUAAAAGUGUUGGUGAGCCUGAAGAUAUCUUCAACACAUCUGAUAAGGAAAUAAAAAUAGAAAAAGAUUAUGUUGAUGCAUAUCAAUUAGAUUCAUCGGUUACUACUGACAACCAUCCAUCCAAAUCAAUUAGAACUGUAGAUUCGGAAAAUAGAUCAAAUUUCAAUGUGAAAAGUCACGUCUCAGUGUGCCAUAAUGGAAAAAAUAAAUGUUAUGAAUGUGAUAUUUGUAAAAAAGAGUAUAAAGCAUUAUCAGAUUUGGAAAAACAUAAAAUUAUACAUAGUGAAGAAAGGAAAUAUAAAUGCGAUGUCUGUGAUCAAAUGUUUAAAAAAUUAUAUCAUUUAAAGAACCAUAAAGUUAUUCAUAGCGAAGAAAGGGCAUAUAAAUGUGAUGUCUGUAAUGAAACGUUUAAACUAUCAUUCAAUUUAAAGAACCAUAAAGUUAUACAUAGUAAAGAAAGGCCAUAUGUAUGUUCUAUAUGUAAUAAAUCAUUUAAACGUUCAAAAAAUUUAAAAACACAUGUUAUGAUACAUGCCAGAGUUAUUCCAUAUAGAUGUAAUGUAUGUAAUAAAACGUUUAGAAAUGCCUCAAGUUUCUCAAGACAUAGAGUUGUAAAUUGUGAAAAAAAGUUAUAUAAAUGUGAUGCAUGUGAUAAAACGUUUAGAUAUGCCUCAAGUUUCUCAAGACAUAUAGUUGUAAAUUGUGAAAAAAAGUUAUAUAAAUGUGAUGCAUGUGAUAAAACAUUUAGAUAUGCCUCAAGUUUCUCAAAACAUAAAGUUUUACAUAGUGAAGAAAGGCAAUAUAAAUGUGAUGCAUGUGAUAAAACGUUUAAACGUCCAGCAUAUUUAAAACAACAUCAAAAUAGCAUGUUCCAUAUCAAAAAAAGGACAUAA